AUGUUGAAUUUGAAAACUCUAAAUAAUGCAAUAAAAAUCACACGAAACAUUUCCGUACGCUACAAUUCAUCGGAAAAUAAGUAUCUCACAACGACUCAAAAGAUGAUUUUAUACGGUGAUGAAGUGGCGCCACCAGUCCGCUUUGCUUUGAUGACAGCUUCCAUUUUAGGCGUUGAGUUGGAUUUCCGUAGGAUUGACCUUUUCGCUUCUGAAAACAAAACCGAAUCAUACAAAAAAAUUAACCCACUUCAAAAGGUGCCAGCGUUAGUAAUAGGAAACAAAACGCGAGUUUUGCGUUCAUUCAAUGAACUGAAGGCGAGUAUGUUCAUCUCUCUUUCAUUUGGCCGCUGGUCGCUGUCCUCACCGGACGCGGUUUAUUUGUUUCGCGCCAAAAUAUGCGAAAAAAUGGAGGAUAAUCGGGUAGAUGAAGCUCGAAAUGUUGUAUCUUUCUGUUAA